AUGGAAGCUCUUACUCGUCAAUCAGUCAAGCUUUGUCCUUUUGUUAAGCACCAUGCCAACAAGGCAGCCAUCCAACAUAUUAAUGGCUCAUCUUUAGCUAAUAAGGCUUCAAUGUGUCCAGUCAUGGGUCCUGCCUUAACUGAACAAAAACGUUCAUACACUACUCCUUCUAAACCAGCUAGAGCCCAAGCUACUGCUGCUCAUGAAGUUGAAGAUUUUGAAAUGGUUGAUCAUUCAGCUACUCAAGAAAAGAGUUUUGAUUAUAACGGAUUAUUUGAAAAUGAAAUUGCAAGAAAGAGAUCUGAUAAUUCUUAUAGAUUUUUCAACAAUAUCAACAGAUUAGCCAAAGAAUUCCCAAAAGCUCAUAGAGCCACCGAGGAGGAUAAAGUCACUGUUUGGUGUUCAAAUGAUUAUUUAGCAAUGUCUAAAAAUCAACAAGUUAUUGAUGUUAUGGGUAAAACUUUACAAAAAUAUGGUGCAGGUGCUGGUGGUACUAGAAAUAUUGCAGGUCAUAAUAAACAUGCAAUUAAUUUAGAAAGUGAAUUGGCUGCAUUACAUAAAAAAGAGGCAGCUUUAGUGUUUUCAUCAUGUUAUGUUGCAAAUGAUGCAGUUUUAUCUUUAUUGGGUCAAAAAAUGAAAGAUUUAGUCAUAUUUUCUGAUGAAUUAAAUCAUGCCUCCAUGAUUGUUGGUAUUAAACAUUCUAAUGCUAAAAAAGAGAUUUGGAAACAUAAUGAUUUAAAAGAUUUAGAAGCUAAAUUGGCUAAAUAUCCAAAAUCAACUCCAAAAUUAAUUGCAUUUGAAUCUGUUUAUUCAAUGUGUGGUUCAGUUGCACCAAUUGAUAAAAUUUGUGAUUUAGCUGAUAAAUAUGGUGCUUUAACAUUCUUGGAUGAAGUCCAUGCUGUUGGUCUUUAUGGUCCACAUGGUGCUGGUGUUGCAGAACAUUUUGAUUUCGAAGCUCAUCGUAAAUCAGGUAUUGCAUCACCAAAUUUUAAAACCACUAUGGAUCGUAUUGAUAUUAUCACUGCCACUUUAGGUAAGUCAUUCGGUACCGUGGGUGGUUAUGUUGCCGGUAGUUCAAACAUUAUUGAUUGGUUAAGAUCUUAUUCUCCAGGUUUUAUCUUUACAACUUCAUUACCUCCUGCAGUUUUAGCAGGUGCAGCUGAAGCUAUUCGUUACGUUAGACAUUAUAUUAAAGAUCGUCAAUUACAACAAGUCAACACUACAUAUGUUAAAGAUCAAUUGAAAGCGAUUGGUGUUCCAGUUAUGCCAAAUCCUUCACAUGUUGUCCCUGUUGUUAUUGGUGAUGCUGCAAGAGCUAAACAAGCUUCAGAUUUAUUAAUGGAUAAACACAAGAUCUAUGUUCAAGCUAUUAAUUUCCCAACUGUUGCAAGAGGUGAAGAAAGAUUAAGAAUCACUCCAACUCCUGGACAUCAUCAAGAUUUAGCUGAUAUUUUAGUUGAUGCUAUUGAAGAUGUUUAUAAAACUUUGGAAUUACCAAGAAUUGAAGAUUUAGCUAAUCAAGGUGGGUUAUUAGGUGUUGGUGAUCCAAAUCAUGUCGUUGAAUCUAAUUUAUGGACUGAACAACAAUUGAAAUAUACUGAAAAGGAUUUGAAUGAAAAUGUUUUCAAUCCUGUUAUUGAUCAAUUGGAAGUUAGUUCUGGUAUUAAAAUCUAG